AAUCUGGCGGCUCCGGCAGGAAGUGACGACACGUGCCUGUAGGUUGUUGCUGCGCGGUAUCCCCCUCCCCCCCUAAAAGAAAGGAAGAAAAUCCGUGUGUGGAGAGCGCCGCGUCCUGAACGAAGUCUGACCGAGUCCUGACCGUACCCGUGAGUUAUAUCUUGGAAAUACUUUUACAAGAUUGGAUUAAGUGACACUGAAGUCAUCCACGAAUCUUAUCUAAAAUCAUGAAUCCCGUCUAUAGCCCUGGAUCUUCAGGGGUUCCAUAUGCAAAUGCCAAAGGUAUUGGAUAUCCUGUUGGCUUCCCAAUGGGAUAUGCUGCAGCAGCUCCUGCCUACUCACCUAAUAUGUACGCUGGUGCAAAUCCUGCCUUCCCGUCAGGAUAUACACCUGGAACGCCAUACAAAGUGUCAUGUUCUCCCACCAGUGGGACCGUGUCACCUUAUUCUUCCUCUCCCAAUCCUUACCAGACUGCAGUAUACCCAGUACGAAGUGCCUACCCCCAGCAAAAUCCAUAUGCACAGCAAGGAGCGUACUACACACAGCCCCUGUAUGCAGCUCCUCCACACGUAAUCCAUCACACCACUGUUGUGCAGCCAAAUGGAAUGCCUGCAACUAUGUAUCCUGCACCCCUUCCUCCAAGAGGUAACGCGAUGGCCAUGGGGAUGGUAGCUGGGACCACCAUGGCAAUGUCAGCAGGUACGUUGUUGACCACCCAUUCACCCACUCAAGUAGCUCCUCAUCAGGUCACAAUGCCUGGAUACCGGCCUCAAGGGACCCCAACUUAUAGUUAUGUCCCACCACAGUGGUGAUUAACCUACCAGUGUUUAAAGAUGGAAGAUAUGCAAGCAAGAAAGAGGCUUAUUUAGAUGGUGCUGAAGCAUUCCUGCCUCCAGCAAGAAGUUUCUUCCUUCUGAAUUCUCUCAACACUUUGCCUAACACUAAUUCAGGAUUCGAAGAUUUCCAUUAUUGCAUAUCUUAACAUCUUGGGACUCUAGUGGUUGUCUUAAUAUGAAAAUCCUGUUUUGUGGACAGUCUUGCAAUUUUUUUUUUUAGCUAAUUCUAAUGAUAAAAAAGGGAGUUAUAAAGUCGUUUCAAUCCAUAUCUAGUUGAAUGCAUGUUAAAACACAAACCCAAGCUUGCUCAGUUAUUGCAGUGACAUAUGCAAAGAAAAACAAAAAAAAUACAAAAAACAUCAUAUGCAAAAUCCAAAGGAAUAGGGAAGUGAUUUUUAAGGCCUUUUUACCCUUUUAGGUGGGCCUCCUAACCUUGAGGCAAGACUAAUCACCCAGUGUGUACUUUGAGUGUUGCUCUACCAUUUUUUGAAGAUUGUUGCUAGUAAAUGGUGCCAUGUUUUAAAGAGAAACGUAAUCUACUACAUCAUAUAAAAAUAGUGUAUUUCAGAAUAAUAUACCCGGCUUCACACCUAGGAAUACUAUCUUUUUUUUUUUUUUUUGCAUUCCUCUUGAUUUUUUUUAAUUUUGUAUUUAAAUAGGAAUAGCUGACUCGUUUUGAUGUGAUCAGCUAGCUGUGUGAACUAAGAAGAUUUCUUAGUGUUAGGAUGCAGUGUGUGACUUUGAACACUAUAAGUCUAUAUCAUUACGGGGUACAGUUGCUGCCACACA